CAGCAUCCGAGUGUGUGCAGUCUGUACUUGAGGUCACGUCAGAUUCGCGCAUCUUCAUAUCUGCAUAAUAUAAAAAUCGAAGAACAAUGAGUAAAGGGUCGAUCGUGUUCUCGACUAUGGACGAUGAGACGGGAGAAAAGUUAGACGAGGUAUUCGGGGUGAAGCCUAGUUUUGUGAAGGUGCAACCUAGUCAUUGCUUGUUACCGCCAAAAAUUAUUUUCUACGCGCAGAAGAUACGUGACAUGCCGGUGUACGAGGAUGACAUUUGGAUGAUCUCGUUUCCUCGAACUGGAAGUCACUGGGCACAGGAAAUGACGUGGUGCAUCGGCCACGAUUUUGAUUACGAAAAAGCCCGCACGCUCAUACUAAAGCGGAGUCCUACUCUCGAGGGUUCGGUUAUCAUGGUCAAUGGAAAAUUUGAUGAUUGGUUCAAAGAUCUUUAUCUAGGCGACUCCGUCGAAAAUGUAACAAAGAUGCCAAGACCACGAUACAUAAAAAGUCACCUGCCAUGGGACUUAUUGCCAAGGCAACUUCACGAGAAAAAGCCAAAAAUAAUUUAUGUGACGAGAAAUCCAAAAGACGUCUGUGUCAGUUAUUACCAUUAUUGCAGAGUAUUCCACGGUAUGAAUGGAAGCUUCAACGAUUUUGCAGAAUUGAUGCUGCGUGAUGGUGUGCCGUACGCUCCAUUUUGGGAUCAUAUUCUGCCCUUCUGGAAGAUGCGAAAUCAAGAUAACAUGCUGUUUCUGACGUAUGAAGAAAUGAAACGGGAUCAAGUGGCGGCGAUUAAAAAGACAGCGAAAUAUUUAGGCAAAACCGUGACGGACGAACAAGUUAUCGGGCUGCGCGAACACCUGAAAUUUUCCAAAAUGGCGGAAAAUCCAUCGGUGAACAUACAACAGCUCAAACAGCUGCUAGAUGACAAGGAUGAACUGAACAAUGAUCCGAAUUUCAAGUUUAUCAGAAAGGGCAAAGUCGGCGAUUGGACGAAUUACAUGUCCGAGGAUCUCGCUCGACGAUUCGAUAAAUGGACGGAGGAGCAUCUCUACGGGACCGGCCUAAAGUUCGAUGUGGACGUUAUGUCCGACGAAGAAUAAUAGCUUCGUAUUAUCCCCACCUGAAAGAAUUAUGAGAAUUUUUAUUUUAGAUUGUAAAUCUAUGAUUAUUUGUAUUAUAAUCGAUUUGUCAUGGAAAUUUAUCAUAUUCGAAAACACCGUAAAAUCGCAUAAAUAAUAAGUAGUAGUAAAUAAUAAUAGUGAAUAUAAGAAAUAAACGUAUCCGCGCGAAUCGCGCCGCCAUGAUACUACCUUGGCCUUUUCGCGGUCUCGCACGGACACGAGCCGAUCGGGAAAUCGCGGCUAAUCAUUCAGUCCGCAAGUCUACACUGGUCUACACAAUGCGACACUUGCCCGUUGUUUCGUGCGCCUUCCCGGCGACGUUCCAUUAUACCCACGACGUGUUGAUAAAAUGAGCGAAUAAUCGUGAAACGCAAUAAGGCUCGUUCGGCGCCGACAACGUUCCUGGGUGGUGGGUGGUAGUGGAUGGGCUAAAUUCAAAUGAAUUGAUAACUUCACCCCACGAGUGGAAGCGCUGAAUAUCGAUGUAUCGAUAGAUUACGCAUUGAAUAUUACAUAUACAUAUUAAUACAUACUUUUGUAAUAAUAAACACAAUUUUUUAUGAUAAUUAA